AUGGAGAUGCAAAAUGAGAGGGAGAGGAAAGUGCAGCAGCUUAAAGAUAUUUACCAUGAGCAUCAACCCUUGGUGUUCAAUGGAGAUCAACAGUGGGAUCAAAGUAAAGAAACUCUUUGCUCAGCGUGUGAUCGUCUAUUGUCUGGCGAAACCUAUAGCUGCAAAGAUUGCGAGGAUUAUCAUAUCCAUAAAAAAUGUGGUGAGGCUCCAUUGGAACUUCAUCAUCACCCUUUUCACAGCCAGCACGCUUCUCAUGUUCUCCAAUCAUCAUCUGGUUCGUGGUAUAUUUGUCGGUUGUGCCGGAAAGACGGUAAGGGAAUUAGUUAUGAGUGCGACUCUUGCUUUUUUUCCCUUGAUAUCAACUGUGCUUUACUUCCACUAGUUGAAAAUUCUCAAAUAUUAAAACAUGAUGCCCACCCACAUCCAUUGUUCUUCAUUCAGAAUCAUACAGAUGAAUUAAAAACAUAUGAUUGCGAAGGUUGCAACACGUCCUUGGUCGAUUCUAUAUAUGUUUGUGCUGAUUGUCGAUUUUUUCUUCAUAAGAAAUGUGCUGAAUUACCCACUGAAAUUAAUCUCCCUUGUCACCGCGAUCACGCACACCCUCUUAUUCUUGAUUUUGAUUGCAAAUACUGUUUUUGCAAGUUUUGCCAAGCUGAACAUUGGGGAUAUUUUUAUCGCUGCUCUCAUUGCAAUAUUGACAUUCACAUGAAUUGUGCUUGGCCGGACCCUGUUAUUGAAGAUAAAAUUCAUCAUGAGCACCCAUUCAACUUGUUUUGGAGACAAGACCCAUUUAUUUGUAAUGCAUGUGGUAUUGAGGGGAAUUAUGCCUCCUAUAUAUGUUUUAUAUGCCACCUUCAAGUCCAUCCAAAGUGCACUUCACUUCCACGCAUCAUCAAAAUCACACGCCAUAAUCAUCCUAUUUUUCACAACUAUUUUGUUCAAACAAAAGAGUUUGAAAAGCAGGAUUGUCAAAUUUGUUUUGAGGAAGUGAAAACAAGGCACGGUAGUUAUUACUGUUUGAAGCAUGAUUUCAAUUAUAUUGUCCAUGUGAAUUGUGCUACUGAAGAUGAUGAUUGGUACUACAUAAUUGAUCCUGAAAAUCAAGAUGAGGCAGGUGAAAAUUCAGAAGUUAUAGAGUCUUCCAUCACUCGUAUUGUGGAGGAGAAUGAAUGUGGAGUCGCGGUAAAGAUAAAACAUUUCAGCCACGAACACUGCUUAAUGUUAGGAGACAAGAUUAAUGGAGAUGAUGAUAAAUACUGCGACGGAUGUGUGCUAUCCAUCUCGGAUUUGUUUUACUAUUGUUCAGAAUGUGAUUUCCUUCUCCAUAAAACUUGUGCUGAAUUACCAAUGAAAAGAAGCCAUUUCUGGCAUCAACACCUCGAUACCCUUAAGUCAGAGGGUAUUUUCAAAUGUGAUGCUUGUUCUCACCAAUGUAGUGGUUUUGCCUACAACUGCGAUGAAUGUGAAUUCUCUGCUUGCCUCAAAUGUGCCAAUAUUUCUGAUACCGUCAUGUAUCCAGGCCACAAACACCUUCUCUUUCUUGAUCCCAAAUAUGAAGGAAAAUGCACUGCUUGUGGUGUUGAGUUUGAUUAUGCAUACAGAUGUACUAAGAAAUGCAAUUAUGCUUUGCAUUGGAAAUGCAUUAUACUUCCGCACGCAACGCCACAUAAGUUUGAUGAACAUUUCCUAAAACUUAGUUAUCGUGACGAAAAUGAUGAUCCGGAACAAUGUUUCUGUGAUAUUUGUGAAGAAAAAAGGGAUCCAAAUCUUUGGUUUUACCAUUGCUCAAUUUGUGAUGCUUCUGCCCAUCCUGAGUGUGUCCUCGGAGAAUAUCCGUCUAUCAAGAUUGGGAGCAAGUACACAUAUAAGGAUCACCCCCAUUCCCUCACUUUUGUCCGGAAGAUUUACGAAUGUCCUGAAUGUGAUGAAUGUGGUGAGCCUUGCCAAGAUCUGUCCCUUGAAUGUGCUCCAUGCAACUACAUAGUCCACUGGAAAUGUAUAUCACCAAUAGAUUGAAGACUACGCCGACGUGUUGCAGAGAAGCAUCCAUGGCAUAUGGCUGGAGAGAAGCAGAGGAUUUUGUUGCUGAUGUCUAAAAGAAAGAUUAUGUGCAAGUGUUUUGAGUAAUGUUACAAAUACAAGAACAAAUAGAUAGAGUGUGGCGAUUGCCUUGUUUGGAUUU